CUCAAUUUAGGUGUUUAAUAAUACGCAUAAUUAGGGAUAUCUUCCCAAUCCCAUCGUUUGAGAUUUUCAUGCUUAGAUUAGACCCUUCAAAAACCCUUGACUUAUUCGUUCUGCAUCAAACAAAAAGAUCCCAUUUCCCCUCCACAUCCCUUGUAUCUCUCUGUCCUGUUCAUACUCACAAAAAAAAAAGGCAAAAAAUCAGAAAUAAAAUUAAUAAAUAAAUAAAUCCAUGAAACUGCAGUUUAAAAAAAAAGAAGAGAUUUACAGGCGAUUAUAUUUUUUUUCCUCCCUUUGCUGAAGGUUUGAACGAGGAAAGGUAACCUUUAAUUAACCUAUCCGCGUUCACCCAAAGCCUCCUUUCUCUCUCGAAGCAUCUCUGUUUCUGGUUUUAAACAUUAAAAAAACUGGGAAAUCUGAAAAAGGAGGAGAAAAAAAGAAAAUUCAGUGUUUUUAUUUUUGCCCUAAAAAUUACUUAAUCUUAUUACCUCUCCUAGCCGCCAUACGUCCCACAUCCUCAAGCUUUUUUUCUUAGGCCCCCAGCUCUCUUCAUUUCUCUCUCGCUCUAGAUAUUUUAUAUUAAAUAUAUACAGAUUUGAUAUGUAUGUGGUAAAUAAGGAACAUAUUGAAAACAGUGUUUUCAAUUGUUUUGCUGGUUGGACCUUCGAUCCCAGAUCCCUUUGACGGAAAAAGAUUCGAUCUUGAUUGAUUUGACGAUCUGUUGAAGUUGUAGGCAGGUUCAAUAGAUCGGGUUGAGGGUCGUUCAUCAUCGUUGAUCUGUUUUAUGAUCAGGUUUUUUGAAAUUUUUUGUUCGAAGAGUUUGUGUUGUUGUGAUCUGUUUUCAAGAGAUGUCGCUUUUGUUCAAAAGCGAUUCGGUUCUAAUUCGGGAGGUGUGGAAUGACAACCUUGAAGAAGAGUUUGCGCUGAUCCGGGAAAUUGUGGAUGAUUUCCCGUACGUGGCUAUGGAUACGGAGUUUCCUGGCAUUGUUCUCAGGCCUGUGGGCAAUUUCAAGAGUAAUACUGAUUUCCACUAUCAAACCUUGAAGGACAACGUUGACUUAUUGAAGUUGAUCCAGUUAGGUCUCACAUUUUCUGACGAGAAAGGGAAUUUGCCCAAGUGCGGGACGGAUAAGUAUUGCAUUUGGCAGUUUAAUUUUAGGGAAUUCAAUCCAAAUGAAGACGUUUUUGCCAAUGAUUCGAUUGAAUUGUUGCGGCAAAGUGGCAUUGAUUUCGCCAAGAAUAAUGAAAAGGGUGUUGAUGCCAGGAGAUUUGGUGAGCUACUGAUGUCAUCCGGGAUUGUUUUGAAUGAUAAUGUGUAUUGGGUUACGUUCCACAGUGGAUAUGAUUUUGGUUAUUUGCUGAAGCUCUUGACUUGUCAGGACUUGCCUGAUAGUCAGGCAGAGUUUUUCACUUUGAUUAACAUUUAUUUCCCCGUUAUUUAUGAUAUUAAGCAUUUGAUGAAGUUCUGCAACCAUCUCCAUGGUGGAUUAAACAAGCUGGCAGAGCUUUUGGAAGUUGAGAGGGUUGGCAUUUGCCACCAGGCCGGCUCAGAUAGCUUGCUUACAGCUUGUACAUUCAGGAAGCUGAAAGAAACCUUCUUUAGUGGCUCGCUGGAGAAGUACACUGGCGUCUUGUAUGGUCUAGGUGUAGAGAAUGGACAGAAUGUUCAUUGAGAAAGGAAAAAAUUGAAAAAAGAAAAAAAGUUCUGAGUGUGUGAAAAGAUAGGAACCGCAGUAGAUGUUGAUGUACCUGCAUGUAUUUCUGUAAACUUUUCAGAUAAAGGUGUUAAAUUAAAUCGAUGAUGAUUUCUUAAUCUUAAUUUGCAUUUGUCAUCUUCUGUUACUGGUUCUGAAUGCGUUCUUUUUCUCGCUGGCUUAGGCUCAGGGGUAUGAAUUAGCUUAAGUUGUGUUUUGGUACGUAAACGAUAAUAUAUUUAUGAAG